AUGCAAAGUAGAGCUCGCUCCUUAUUCCAAAUUUAUAAAACCAGAGUCCUCCAGCAAAAUCGUUUUGAUUCAUUUUUCGCCAAAAAUUUGGAGCUUAAAGAAGUAAGUGACGAAGGGAACUUGGUACUCUCAUUGAAUGUAACUCAAGAGGUUUGCGAUUAUAAUGGAAAUCUUAGCAAUGGAGCUAUGUCUUCUAUAAUGGACACAACGACUGGUAUGCCUUUAUGGCUGCUAAAUACAGAAAAGAGAAUGACGUUAGGAGUGCAGCUGACUGUGUCAUUUUCAGGUAAUGCCAGAAUUGGGGAUGAGAUCUUGAUUAAGGCAAAGUGCCAAAGAUUUGAAGGGGACAUGGGAUACACCUAUGGAGAAGCUUAUAAUAAAGAUAAAGUGAUUGCUACAGCACUGCACACAGUUUACUUGCUAGGAAGAAAGGUGCAGCUAGGUGACUAA